AUGGACGGACUAUCUGUGCACCACCCUCGUUCAGCAGCGAGUAGCCGGCGGUCCCUGGGCAAAAGGUCCUGGCAGUCAGAUCCUUCGCGUAUAGCGCCUCCAUCGCACCGACACGCUGCACCUUCUGCGCCAUGGCCCUGGGUCGACAUUGGCGACGUCGACGUUUCAGAGGUCGACCAAGCCCAAUUGGCGAACGAGGCGCCCCCGAUACCGCCCAAAUGUGACCACAAUGACUGUCAAUGCUGGACUGGCUAUCCCCAAUCGCGAUUCCCUAACUGGACCGAGGCGCAAGUCAAAAAGAGCAAGAUUUGGGACGCAAUUCAUAAAUACAGGAAGGACUUGGAGUGUACGAUUUAUCGCUGUGAUGUGGAUGUGAAUGGGAUCUUCAGGGAUGCGGGAUCGGUGCAUGCUGUUGAGCGUCAUGAGGAUUAUACAUGGAGUACGGUCAUUGCUGCGAAGAGCGAGCGGCCCAAGGACCUCCGGGUUAGAGCUUUAUUCGUGGAGAACAUGUCAGGGCCGGUGUUGCAGAUGUUAGGCGCUCGAUUUAACAUCGAGCCCUUCUUCUUCUCGUCGUCCUUAAACUGGAUCCCGUCGAGGUUCCAAGAGGAGAUUAAAGAUGACAUCGGCGAUCAUAUAACUAUUACGCUACCUUUUAUCAAGUCGAUGCCGGAAGACGAAUUCGUCAUCAAGCAGCUCCCGCUUUACUCGUCGGGGACGUCUAUCGCGUCCAAGAAGGGGACACUAUUGGGUUCCCAGAAGAUCGAUACACAAGCUCCGCUCGUACUAUACUCCAACCAGCGGAUUCUUGCCCUUGACCUGAUCUCAGUGCACCUUAUUCGAAAUAUCGAGGGUAGCACUAUCAUCUCCUACCACCCGACACUCAACCUACCCACCACCUCCGCGAAAUACCUCCAUGAACGAAUACGGUUUGCCGGUCAGUCCGUGUAUUGGCAGAGCAUGUUCCAACGCUCUCCCGAUCCUACAUUAGUCCUCAUGUGUUUCAUUUGGCAUGCUUUAUACGCCUGGGACGAGUCACUAGAGUCGCUCUACGAGCAUAUCAUCGCUUUGGAAAACCGUGUCAUUUCAACGGCCCACAUGCCAUUGACACGAGAGCUGCACGUCAUCCGUGCACACCACCUCCAUUACACCGCGCUCCUUGAAGAUUUCGUCAAACAUAUCACCUUCAUCGAAGAGACCACUAACCCGUUCAUGACUACCAAAAACUUUGACCAAUCGGUGAUAGAUGAGAAUGGGAGGUUGUUGGUCAGGGAGUGUAAGAAUCUCAAACAAGAAGUUGAGAGGCUCAAAUCGGGGUUGCAUAUGCAGGAGAGGAGAUUGAAGAACGUGAUGAACCUGGUAUUCAGUAGUGUGAAUAUCACGGAUAGUAGGUAUAUGAGAGACAUGACUGAAGCUGCUGUUCGGGACAGCGCCGCCAUGAAACAGAUUGCCUACCUAACCAUGGUCUUCCUUCCGGCCAGUUUCGUCGCAGGCGUCUUCGGCAUGAACGUCAGCGAAAUUAACCCGGAAGGCAACGCAACGAUACCCCACUACAUAGCCAUCGCGCUCCCCUUGACGAUCUUCACCGCCUGGGUGAUCGUCGCCUUCCAAGCGCGGUACAUUUUCAAGGGCAACGUGCCCUUCUGGCGCCGCUUGACAUGGCCUUUCGUCCUAUUCUAUGAGCGGGUCCUCAGAAGGCCGAAACAGUUUGGUGAACCUGAGGAUGGGGUCGAGGAUGAGGUCGAGAUGUAUAAGAUUGAUGUCGAGUGCAGUGAGGAUGAUCAUCGUUCGACGACUUCGAAAAAAAGGCGAUGA